CUGCCACCACCCACAAUUAGACUUCCUCCUUCACUUGCUCGGACGUCACACACCGUGUCCCACCAGUCCCUGGACCUUGCUGUCCGGUGCACAUCUGGUUACCAUGGAGGCCUUGGAGCCUUCCUGGCACCUUCUGUUUCUUCCCGUGGUCCUAACUGUCGGAGGAUUAAGUCCCGUCCAGGCCCAGAGUGAAUGCAACUGCUCUCCCGUGAGCCCGGGUGUACUGGCUGGAAUUGUGCUGGGCGACUUGGUUCUGACAUUGCUCAUUGCCCUGGCUGUGUACUCUCUGGGUCGCCUGGUCCCUCGAGGUAAAGGGACUGCAGAUGGGACCCGGAAACAGCACAUUGCUGAGACCGAGUCACCUUAUCAGGAGCUUCAGGGUCAGCGGCCGGAAGUCUACAGUGACCUCAACACGCAGAGGCAGUAUUACAGAUGAGCCCACACUAUGGCCAUCCGUCGGCAGCCUGAUGCCUGGAUCCAGUCAUUCCGGAUACCCGCUCAACAUGCCCUCCCUGGGAUCAGGACACCC